AGCAUAAGACAAAAUCAAAAUUAAUUUCUAAAACAAAAACUUAAUUUAUUUUGUUACUUUCUACUCAUGUAGCUGUACACUUCCUGAAAAGUGAAAAGUGUGAGAAAUCAGAACAUGCAGUGGAAAAAAAAAAGUACACAAAGCUGCCAAGAUGCCCAACAGGAGUCCAUGGAAUAAGUAAUUUAAAUCCAGAGCGUGUACAUAAAUACAGUGGAGCAAAUGCAAUUAAUGAGAAUUCUUUGUUGCUACGCUUUCCAACACAAAAACAAAAAUACCCCCCAAAACUCUUAAAUUCCAAACAUCAAUUUCAGAAUCAAAGAUUCAUAUAGAGAAAUUUUGAAUAUAACGGAUUACUGUGUUAAAGCUAUCUACGACAUCCCGUGAGGCUUAUACAAAUCUCUAUUCAGCUCCUCCGAGAAUGCUGUAAGCUCCUCUCUCUCUCUCUCUCUCUCUCUCUCUCUCUCUCUCUCUCACACACACACACACACACACAACAAAGGAUCCCCGUGAUUGAGAGCUCUUAUAUUUCACGAGUUUCGUACUCACUCUCUCAGAACUCUCUGAAAAAUGCAUCCAAAACCAUGUUUUGAGCUUUUCUCAAUUUCUUCAAAUACCCCACAUUGCUUUCACCAAAUCAUUCUCCAAGCUCCAACCGUUACUGAAUUGGUCUAUUACCAUGGAAUCCAGAAUCAUUUUUUUAUUUGCCAACUUUUUCCUCUGCUUGUUUUCCCUCCAUGCAAACACUCUCCAAACCUACAUUGUUCAGCUUCACCCGCAUGGUACGGCCAGCUCUUUGUUUUCAUCAAAACGUGAUUGGCAUCUUUCAUUUCUUCAACAAACCAUUUCUUCAGAAGACCCUUCUUCUCGCCUUCUUUACUCCUACCAUUCCGCCAUGGAAGGCUUCGCAGCUCAGAUAUCAGAAACUGAGCUUGAGUACUUGAAAAGGCUGCCUGAUGUUAUAGCAGUUAGACCUGACCGCCGGCUCCAAAUUCAUACUACUUACUCUUACAAGUUCUUAGGACUCAGCCCGGCAAGAGAUGGUGCAUGGUAUAAUGCUGGUUUUGGUCGUGGAACGAUAAUUGGGGUGCUUGAUACAGGUGUUUGGCCUGAGAGUCCGAGCUUCAAUGAUCAAGGAAUGCCUCCAGUUCCAAAGAAAUGGAGAGGAAUUUGCCAAGAAGGUCAAAGUUUCAAUUCUUCAAACUGUAACAGGAAGCUCAUUGGCGCGAGGUUCUUCACAAAAGGUCACCGAGUGGCUUCAGCUUCAUUCUCACCAGUCAUUGUUCAGGAAUACGUGUCACCAAGAGAUUCCCGUGGACAUGGUACCCACACAUCAUCAACAGCCGGGGGAAGGUCGGUUCCAAUGGCGAGUGUGUUUGGCAAUGGAGCAGGUGUGGCUAGAGGAAUGGCUCCAUUUGCCCACAUUGCGGUUUACAAAGUUUGCUGGUUCAAUGGCUGUUACAGCUCUGAUAUCCUUGCUGCAAUGGAUGAUGCAAUCAGAGAUGGAGUAGACAUUCUAUCCCUCUCGCUAGGCGGCUUCCCCGUACCCCUUUUUGAAGACAGCAUUGCGAUUGGCAGUUUCCGAGCAAUAGAACAUGGUAUUUCAGUCAUCUGUGCGGCUGGAAACAAUGGUCCAAUGGAAAGCUCAGUUGCCAAUGAAGCUCCUUGGAUUGCUACCAUUGGUGCAAGCACAAUGGACAGGAGAUUCCCAGCAACAGUUCGAAUGGGUAAUGGCCAAACUCUUUAUGGAGAAUCCUUGUACCCUGGUAAUCGACCUAUGAACUCUGUGAAAGAGCUCGAAUUGGUUUACUUGAACAAUGGGGAUGCAGCAGGCGAAUUUUGCAUCAGAGGGUCUGUUCCAAGAGCAAAAGUACGUGGCAAAAUAGUGGUCUGUGACCGGGGUGUCAAUGGCAGAGCAGAGAAAGGUGAAGUUGUGAAGGAAGCAGGAGGAGCAGCAAUGAUCCUGACAAAUACAGAGAUAAACUUAGAGGAGGACUCGGUCGAUGUUCAUGUCUUGCCUGCAACAUUGGUUGGCUUCGAUGAAUCAAUUCGGUUAAAGGCUUAUAUAAACUCUACACAGAGACCUAUAGGAACAAUCCAAUUUGGAGGUACUGUCAUUGCAAAUUCCAGGGCACCAGCAGUAGCUCAAUUUUCAUCAAGAGGACCAAGUUUCACUAACCCUUCAAUCCUCAAACCAGAUGUUAUUGCUCCUGGGGUCAAUAUCAUUGCUGCCUGGCCUCAGAAUUUAGGUCCCAGUGCCCUUCCAGAAGAUACUAGGAGAGUGAAUUUCACUGUCAUGUCGGGGACUUCAAUGGCAUGUCCUCAUGUCAGUGGAAUUGCUGCUCUUAUCCACUCAGUUCACCCCAAAUGGAGCCCUGCAGCCAUAAAAUCUGCUAUUAUGACAACUGCAGAUGUAACUGACCAUUCAGGAAAACCUAUAAUGGAUGGGGACAAACCGGCCGGAGUUUUUGCAACCGGCGCUGGACAAGUAAACCCAAUAAGAGCUGUUGAUCCAGGGUUGAUUUAUGACAUCAGGCCAGAUGAUUAUGUCAUCCAUCUAUGCACUCUUGGAUACACAAGAGCACAAAUUUUCGCCAUUACUCACAGAAACGUGACCUGCCAUGAAGUUUUGCUAAUGAACAGGGAUUUCAGCCUCAAUUACCCAUCCUUUUCAAUCAUUUUCAAGCAUGGAACGCGGAGCAAGAUGAUCAAGAGACAAUUAACAAAUGUGGGGACUCAUAAUUCCAUUUACUCGCUGGAAGUAGAAGCACCACAGGGAAUCAGAGUUAGAGUUAAACCUCAACAGUUAGUAUUCAAGCGCAAGUAUCAAACUUUGAGUUAUAAGGUUUGGUUUCUAUCAAGUAAGAAAACAAGAACAGAGAGUAUGAGCUUUGCACAAGGGCAUUUGACAUGGGUGAACACUCAAAAUAGCUCGUACAGGGUUAAAAGCCCCAUUUCAGUAACUUGGAAGAAGUAAGGAUGAUAAUGAUAAUGGCACCAAUACUAGUCAAGGUGGCUUUGACUUUGAAUGCCUAUUAUUGUCUGUUGAUUCUUGAGGAUUUAUGUUCAUGUAAAAUGAGGGUAUAAUUUGGAAUUAAGAAAUUAGUUCCAAUAUAUUCCCUCCAAUGGGUUAUCAAAUAUCCUGCUUAUUAAAAAGCUAUGCUA